UCCUUGUGAUUUUAUAUUUUCAGAAUCAUGUCUGGUCUCAUUGGAGACAGGAGACAGAACUUGGUUUUCAGGGUAGAAUCCUGUCUAGAGGAUCCCAAAGAGGAUCUUUUACUCUCUUAUAGGGAGGAUAAUAGAAGAUGUUUUGUUGAUCUACUAGCCGAGGAUGGUAUUGACAUCAACCAACCGUAUUCACAAGAAAAGGAAAAAACUAUUCUUGAGAUUUGUGUUGAAGAAGGAAAAUCAGAUUAUGUGGGAGAACUCCUGAGAAGAAAAGAUAUUAACCCAUCUCCUCAUAAUCCGGUUACAAAAAGAACUCCACUUCAUAUUGCUGCUGAGAAGGGCUAUGGGCAUAUUGCUAGACUUCUGUUAGACAGUGGAGCAGAUGUAAAUGCUAAGGAUGAAGGAGGGAACACUCCCUUACAUAUUGCAGCUCUUAGAUGUUCAGCUGGUUGGAGUUCAGGAAAUGAACAGGAACAGCUUCAGCAGCAAUUUGUAAACAUUGUUCAUCUGCUAUUAGAUAGAAAAGGGCUACCAGAUCUAGAAAACAAGUUUGGUAUAACUCCUCUGUUUUCUGCUGCGGAGAAAGGAACGGCUGCAGUUGUUAAAAUCUUGCUAAGAAAAGGAUGUUGUGUGAGUGUAGAAGUUGACGGAGAAACUCCAGAAGAAUUUAUAAAAUCAAGAAUGCCAGAAAUUGAAAAGGAAAUUAAGCCAUGGAACCGAACUUUAAGCAGUAGCAUUGAAUCCAGGCUCUUUAAGGCACUCUACAAUGAAAUCAGUACGCGAGGAUCUUUCUUACAAACAACCUCGAGUCUGUCAACCUCCGUUGGUGUUAACUGGAAUAGUGACGACGGAAAUCAUACUUUCCUGCAGUAUGCAUGUGAUCAUGGAUACGAUGAUAUUGUUAAAUAUCUUCUAGAAAAGGGCGGCGACCCUAACGGGGUGUGUAAGAACAAUUUGUACCCUCCCCUUGUACUCGCAGGUCAUCAUGGGUACUUCAAGGUUAUAAAGGUAUUUAAGCGGAGGUUUCUGGAGCAAGGAUCCCUCGUAGAUUUCUCCGGGACGGAUAAUAACGCUAGAAAAGAAAACAUUCUUCACAAAGUUCUCAAGGAAUAUAUUUCUGCAACAUGGAUUUUUCAAUACUCUUGUUAAUCUAAUCAAUAAAUAGCAAAUCAUAUU